AUGGCAAAUAAGCUUAUAACUGAAGGUUUUAAUCAACUACCAAUUAAAACACAAGAAUCCGUUUCUGCUCCAUCACCAUUAUGUGUUGUAUGUCAAACAGAUGAUAAAAGUAUCGCAUGUAUACCAUGCGGUCAUCUAGCUACAUGUGUACCAUGUGGCUAUUCAUUAAGGAAUUGUCCAAUAUGUCGUAAACAAAUAGCAGCAUUCGUCAAGUUUACUUAUAAAGCGUUAGUCUAG